AUGAGGGACUCCCCGGCAGCACUGGCCUCCGCUCUCUCCGCGGCCACCUUCCUCCUGCUCCUCCCCGCAGGCCUCUGCGGGCGAAUCGUCGGAGGAUGGGAAGUGCCGGCUCACUCGAGGCCCUACAUGGCGCUGGUCCACAGCGGCCCCAAAGGCAGCCUCUGUGCGGGGGCGCUGGUCGCCGACGGCUGGGUGCUGACGGCCGCCCACUGCGCCCUGAGCAGAUCGGCCCAGGUCAUCCUGGGGGCCCACUCCAAGUCCAAGCAGGAGCCAGAGAAGCAGAUCCUGGGCGUGAGGAAGCAGAUCCCCUACCCGUACUACAGCAAGGCCAGGCACGAGGGUGACCUCAAACUUCUAAAGUUGAGGGGGAAAGCAACAAUUAACAAAAACGUGGCUAUUCUGAGUCUCCCUCUCAGGGGGGAAGACGUAAAACCAGGAACCAAAUGCCACGUGGCUGGCUGGGGGCUGAUGCACAAUGACAAGCUGUCCCAGCCCAAUACGCUGAGAGAAGUCAAUGUCACCGUCCUGGACAGGAAGACCUGCAACGGCCCCAAGUACUAUGGGCACGACCCUGUGAUCACACGGGAUAUGAUCUGUGCUGGAGACCCCAAGGGCGGGAGAGACACGUGCAAUGGGGAUUCCGGGAGCCCCCUGAUCUGCGAGGGCACCUUCAGGGCCGUCACCUCCUUCGGGAAGCAGGGCCGGUGCGGGGACCCCUGGGGCCCUGGUGUCUACACGCUGCUCUCCCAGAAGCACCUCAACUGGAUCAGGAAGACCAUUCGGAGGGCGGCCUAG